AUGGGACAGGCUUUCAGUUUUGCAAACAUAUUCGGUAAAUUAUGGGGUAUGAACAAAGAAGUGAGAAUCCUUAUAUUGGGUUUAGAUGGUGCUGGUAAGACCACAAUAUUGUAUCGUUUACAAAUGGGGGAAGUGGUUACUACAAAGCCAACAAUUGGAUUCAAUGUGGAAACAUUAAAGUACAAAAAUAUCACUUUAAACAUCUGGGACCUUGGAGGACAAACGUCGAUUAGACCAUAUUGGCGGUGCUACUAUAGUAACACUUCAGCCAUUAUUUUUGUUGUGGACUCUACUGAUAAAGAUCGUAUCGACACUGCUUGCAAGGAAUUACACACAAUGUUGAAGGAAGAAGAAUUACAAGAUAGUGCGUUAUUGGUGUUUGCAAACAAGCAGGACCAGCCUGGAGCCAUGACAGCUGCUGAGGUCUCACAAGCAUUGAGUCUAACUGAUUUGAAGGAUAGGAGUUGGAGCAUUGUUGCAUCAAGUGCUAUAAAAGGAGAAGGGUUGAAUGAGGGAUUAGAUUGGUUGAUGGAUGUGAUCAAGGAUGAACAAUUGUAA